AUGACCAACAACAGCGACUGGUACGUGCAAAGCAAUCUGCGAGAUUUCAACCUUGCGUCCUUUGGCGCCCUCAAGUCUUCCCUGUUGACCAACGUGACAGGCCUCCCUCACUAUGGUCAUUUUUUGACCGGAACGUUGAAAGACAUUAUUCCGAGAUACUGGUCCAUGAAGGGAUACCACGUAGUGCGACGAUUCGGCUGGGACACGCAUGGCGUUCCGAUUGAAUAUCAAAUCGAUAAGAAGUUUGGUGUCUCUGGUCCCGACGCAGUUCGCCAAAUGGGCAUCGACAAGUACAAUGCCGAGUGCAAGGCCAUCGUCAUGACAUAUGCCCAGGACUGGAAGCAGAUCAUGGAACGACUUGGUCGCUGGGUGGACAUGGACAAUGAUUACAAGGCCAUGGAUCCGUCAUUCAUGGAGACAGUGUGGUGGGUAUUCAGCCAGCUCUUUGAUAAAGACCAGGUAUAUCGAGCAUACCGCAUCAUGCCAUAUUCUACCGCCCUCUGCACGCCGCUUAGUCUUAUGGAGGCCAAGGAAAACGAAAAGAUGACACAGGAUCCCGCUAUCCUGGUUUCCUUUCCGUUACUUGGCGUCCAGGGCAAGGAAAGCACUUCUCUCGUCGUGUACACAACCACCCCGUGGACCCUGCCUUCGAAUUUGCUCAUCGCAGUCCACCCCGACCUCGAGUACUUGGAAAUACUUGACCAACAGAGUGGAAACCAGUACAUCACUAUGGAGAGUGGUCUGAGCAUGCUCUACAAAGACCCCAAGAAAGCCAAGUACAAGGUCGUCGGACGUCUAAGAGGCAAAGAGCUGGUCGGAUGGAAGUACAUACCUCUUUUCAAUUACUUCACCAAAACAUUUUCCGAUUGCUUCCAAGUUAUUGCCGCCGACUAUGUUGAAGCUGGCGAAGGAACAGGACUGGUACAUCAGGCACCUGCAUUUGGCCAAGAGGAUUACGACGCCGCCCUUGCGGCUGGGUUUAUUGGUCCAAGUCGCCUGCCUCCUUGUCCAGUGGACGACAAGGGCUGUUUUACUGCUGAAAUACCUGAAUAUGUUGGUAUCCAUGUCAAAGUUGCGGACAAAGCUAUUAUGAAGGACUUGAGGCCUACCGGUCGCCUCCUUGUUGAAAGCCACAUCAUGCAUGUUGACAAGUUCUGCUGGCGGUCAGACACGCAACUCAUCAGAAAAGCCGUGUCGUCGUGGUUCAUCAAGGUCGAAAACUCCAUACCCCAAAUGAUGGAGAACCUGCAAAGCACGACAAGCUGGACGCCUGCGUUUGUGAAGGAGAAGCGAUUUGCGAAUUGGAUCGCCAAUGCCCGCGAUUGGAAUGUUUCUCGCAACCGAUACUGGGGUACUCCUAUACCACUUUGGGUAAGCGACGACUACGAAGAGGUCGUCUGUGUUGGUAGCGUGGCCGAGUUGAGACGAUUGAGCGGCUACACUGGUGAGAUUGAUGAUUUACAUCGUGACAAGAUUGAUCACAUCACUAUACCUUCCAAGAAGGGCAAGGGCGAUCUAAGACGCGUUGAAGAAAUUUUUGACUGCUGGCUCGAGUCUGGUGCCAUGCCGUACGCGUCCAUUCAUUAUCCAUUUGAGAACCACGACGAGUUCGACGGAGGACAUUUCCCAGCUGAUUUUAUCGCCGAGGGGCUGGAUCAGACACGAGGAUGGUUCUAUACCCUCACAGUGCUUGGAAAUAAACUCUUUGGGAAAUCACCCUUCAAGAAUGUUCUUGUUAAUGGCAUGGUUCUUGCCGAAGAUGGGAAGAAGAUGUCUAAAAGUUUAAAGAACUUCCCAGACCCGAGUCAUAUAUUUGAGAGAUAUGGAUCCGAUGCUCUGAGGCUGUACCUCAUCAACUCUCCUGUUGUAAAAGCAGAGCCACUUCGCUUCAAGGAGAGUGGCGUCAAAGAGAUUGUGUCAAAAGUUUUGCUUCCCUUAUGGAAUAGCUAUCGAUUCUUCUCGGAACAAGCAGCGCUAUAUAAGAAGACAACUGGCCAAGAUUUCGUGGCGGAUAUCACGUUUUCAACUGGUGGCUUGAACAACGUGAUGGACCGCUGGGUCUUGGCUGAGUGUCAAAGUCUGCUUCAAUUCAUUGAGCAGGAGAUGCGCGGAUACCGAGUAUACACUGUAGUUCCACGGUUGUUGAAAAUGAUUGACGACUUGACUAACUGGUACAUUCGAUUCAAUCGAAAGAGACUCAAGGGAGCUGCCGGCCUUGGGGAAGCUGACACUUCUGCUGCUCUGAAUACUCUACUACAGGUCCUGUUUACCUUGGUCACAGCCCUGGCUCCCUUUAUUCCAUUCAUCACUGAACACAUAUAUGGCCUGCUUAGGCCGUUCCUUGGCGACGUUCUUGCUUCAUUUAGAGAUACAAGAAGCGUGCAUUUUUUACCUUUUCCCACGGCCCAAGAGGAAUUGUUUGAUCAACUUAUCGAAAGAAAGAUGGCAGCAUUACAAAAAGUCAUGCAACUGGGUCGUGUUGCCCGGGAAAAAAGAAACGUAUCUCUUAAGACUCCAUUGUUGAGCCUCGUCGUGAUUGCUGCCAGCCAAUUCAUAUCCGACGUUGACUCCUUGAAGGACUACAUCCGAGAGGAGCUCAAUGUCCGAGAUGUAAUCUUGACUACGGAUGAAGAGAAAUAUGGUAUUUCCCUUGAAGCAAGGGUGGAUUGGCCAACUCUCGGUAAGAAGCUCAAGAAGGAUGUGCAGAUUGUACGAAUGGCACUCCCAUCGCUAUCGCAAAACGAGCUGCGAUCGUAUCAGCGGGAGAAAAAGAUGACUAUCCAGAACAUUGAGCUUGGUGAGAACGACCUGACCAUCAUAAGAAUAAUGGACAAGCAUUCCACUGCUACUGCGAUCGGGUCUGGUCCUCAAUGGGAGCCAGCAUUCGCGGACGAUGCCGUAAUAUUACUCGACACAGCACCACAUGCAGAACUCAUAAACGAGGGCUUCACAAGAGAGCUUAUUAACCGUGUUCAGAGGCUGCGGAAAAAGGCCGGUCUCGUCCCAACCGAUGAUGUCCAUAUGGGAUAUACGAUCGUUUCCAAUCCAGAGGCUGCGGAUAUUGAUGCAGUGAUCUCAUCCAGAAGGGAUGUGUUUGAAAGUGCUCUGCGUGGCAUGCUGGAAAAAAUGCCAGAGCACGCCGGAAGCAAGGAGGUCAUCUUGGAAGAGGAGAGCACUGUCGGGGAAUUGACAUUGAAACUGGGGCUGUUUAAGAUUUGA